ACUCAAGAAUGUGCCUCAAAAACAAAGGAGUAACUUCACAUCACGUUGCUUUGGUCAACAACUACGAAAGCCGUGACACAGCAGCACAGACUUCAGCGCUGAUAAAUAAAGCAAACUGCUGCUUUCUGACUUCCUUUGAAAGAUAUGACAGCUGCGUAUCCCCGAGAUGUGACACUGUUUAUUACCACCCACUGGAAUGAGAAAAAAAGAAAAAAGCUUACAGGUCAUUGUUUUAGUGGACUGGAAAGGCCGGUCGUCUGCAGAAGCAUAGAGGAAAACACAUUUACUUCAGAAGAAAGAGGCAAGAAACAUCAGCUGAUAGCUGUUUCAAAGAGCUGCCUUUAAAAAGAAGGCAACAUGACAACUGCAGAUGCUGUUACCUUUUAUUAUAACUUCUCAGCCAUUGAUCCCAAUGAAAACGGAAUUGAGAAUUUUUACACAUUUAUAAGUAUCUUUCUGCCCUGUAUGUAUUCAUUUGUUUUUAUCUUAGGGCUAGCAGGAAAUGCUCUGGUCUUCAUCAUACUAGUCUUCUAUGAGAAACUGAAGACACUGACAGAUAUAUUUUUGUUGAACUUGGCUAUAGCUGACUGGAUCUUCCUUUGGACACUGCCAUUCUGGGCAUAUUCUGCUGCUCAGGAGUGGAUUUUUGGCACUGUGGCAUGUCGUAUUAUACGGGGCCUGUACAAUCUGAACUUGUACACUUCAAUGUUAACUCUAACGUCUAUUACCUUUGACAGGCUUAUUGCUAUUACUUUUGCCACCAAAGCACAUAUGUGUCAAACCAAACGAAUGAAAUGGGGCAAAUUAAUCUGCGGCUUGAUCUGGGUGAUUUCACUCGCAUUUGCCACACCACAGCUUAUUUUUAGUGAUGUGUUUACUAUUGAUAAGGCAAUAUGCCUGGAAAAAUACCCAAACCACCACACAGAAUUGGUUCUUGAAGUUAUUCAAGUGACCCUUGGCUACUUUAUUCCCAUGCUAACCAUGAUCAUCUGCUACUCCCUAAUUAUUAAAACCUUACUGCAUGCCAGGAAUUUCCAAAGGAACAAAUCUCUCAAAAAAAUAUUUUCUGUAGUUGUUAUAUUUAUUCUUACUCAGUCACCCUACACUUUCUUGAGACUGAUGAAGAUCAUAGACUGGAGAUUUAACUUGGACAGCAACUUUGACUACGCAAUUGUUAUAACAGAAGCUCUUGCUUAUUUCCACGGCUGUCUUAACCCUGUUAUGUAUUUCUUCAUGGGGGUGAAAUUCAGGAAGAACUUCCAGAAAAUUAUUAAAAACUCAAGAUGCUUUAAACAGCAAGUUACUGUUAAACAGUGGCACACCACUGAAGAGGAAGGCUCUAGAACUUGUACUGUCUCAAAUAAUGCAGAUGCAACAAGCAUGUACCCUCUAUAAAACUGUCCAGAGUACAUGGCAAGUAUUUACAGCUUUUUUUUGAUUAUUAUUUUAUUUUUUAAAACUGAGAUAGGCAGCCUCCUUGAAGGAGGAAAUACUGUCCCAUUAGUAAGGACACUGCAAUCUGCUUUAAGCCAGCAUAACUGAAAGCAUCACACUUCACUGUUUCCUGCUUUUCCUGGUCAGAGCUGACCCUAAUGCAAAGCUGAGAAUUGAGUUAACUGUGCAGAAGUUUCCCAAAGGUAGUGGACACAGUAAGACAAAACUCACUUCUUCUCGACGUGAAGCCAACUUGGACCUCAUGAUUCCAGAGGGCCUGGAGACAUUUACCAAACCUCUUGCCUGCUGAUCUUCCAGGAAAGAUGUUUGUUAACAAAAGCAUUUAAGAUAUUUUGUUUCAAAGAUGUUAUGGAUUUUAGUUCAUCUGAUUCAUUUAAUGAAAAUUCUUGGAUUAAACACACAUACAUAUUCAUGAUG